AUAUUUUGUACGACCUGCCUGUGAAGAGAGACAGAAGGCCUUAAAGCUUAUAAAUUUAUAGACGAUGAAAGUAGGGUUGUCAAAACGCUCUUUCUUUUUGUAGACAGUAUUGUAGUCCUUCUCACAAUGAUCAUAGAAAAUGUUGAAGCCUUGAAAUCGUGGCUGGCAAAGCUCCUGGAGCCGAUAUGUGAUGCUGACCCCUCUGCAUUAGCCAACUAUGUAGUUGCUCUUGUGAAGAAGGACAAACCAGAGAAGGAACUGAAAGCACUUUGUGCUGAUCAGCUUGAUGUCUUCCUACAAAAAGAGACGAUGGGAUUUGUUGAUAAGCUUUUUGAAUGUUUGACGACCAAGAACUACCUGGGAAAUCCUGCUGCCAAGGAAACUCCCAAAGAGGAGAUUAAACUGCCUGCAAUCAAGGCUGAAGUUGUUGAGGCUGAAACACCCGAGGAAGAGAACAGGCGAAGGAGAAGUCCUCUGAGAAAUCGCUCUGACUUCAAUGAAUCCAGGAACCGCGAUGAGAGGAGGCGAGACGAGCGCAAGCGCCGUGACUUUGAUCGGCACGGGAAAAGCGGCAGCGACUCCCACCGGGAGCGCCAUGAGCGGCGCAGGGGCAGUCCCCGCGGGAGAAGCUACAGCAGGAGCCGCAGCCGGAGCGGCAGUCGUGGAAAGAGCAGGGAUAGGGAGCACAGAGGAGGCAGAGCAGACUUCAAGUCAAAGUUUGAGGCAGAAAGGAAGGACACUGACGGAUACAACUCUUCCACCACAUCUGGCUCUCAGCAGCAGCAGCAGCACCCGCCACCUCUCCUGCCCUUACACACACCUCUGCAUCCCUUUUCCUCUUCUUCCUCGUCUUCAGGAGCUGGGGGUGUACCGGUAGCAACACUGGCUCACUUGCCCGACAGCACUACAGACAGCUGGUCUAGCUACUACGGAACGAGGCAAGAUGGUGUUUGCAAACCUUUCAGCAAGGCUGCUUCACUCAAACAGCGCUGCAGGGAUUACGAUGAAAAAGGAUUUUGUGUCCGUGGUGACCAUUGUCUCUAUGAUCACGGCAGUGACCCCCUCAUAGUCGACGAUGUCAAUCUACCAAAUAUUAUUCCAUUCCCACCCCCACCGAUUCUGCCACCCGCCGGGCUGCCCAUGCCCCCCAUCACUGAACCACCUCCCAACCUCAGGAUGCCUUCUAUGCCGCCCUAUGGCCAGCCACCACCACCAGGUGUUUUCCCUAUGACAGGACCCCCACUGAUAGCAACCAGUGGGAUUGAUACCCCCAACCACCAAUCUGCAAUCACUUCUUCUCCUCCCGUCGGACCGCCUGGUGUGGGCCGACCUCCUACACUUCCUCCUCCUCCUCCUCCACCUCCUUCCUCGACCUCAUCUGUGUCUCUUCGUCCCCAAUAUGUCCAGUCUGAAUACAACUACGAUGCAGAAGGCUACAACCCAGAAUCUCCAGGCCUGACUGUAGCAGGACGUAACCCAUAUCGUCAGUUUAUUCCCCGGGUGCAGACUCAACGCUCCAACCUCAUUGGCCUCACCUGCAGUGAAGGUCAAGGCUCCAGAGCUGCCAACAUAGUGAUCCAGACAGAGCCAGCUACUGCACCCAGCACUCCUGGAAGUAACGUGUCCCGUUUCAACACAGAGCAGGACAGCAGGAAGAGGACCAUGGGACCCAGUACAGCUGAAGGGCCAGCACCUAAAAAACCCUGGAUGGAAAAGCCAAGCUUCAACAACCAGCAUAAGGGUGCUUUUCCCAAGAGGACUUUUUACGUGAACACAAAGUUGGAGGUGCGCAGGAUCCCGCGCGAGCUCAACAACAUCACCAAACUCAACGAGCACUUCAGCAAGUUUGGAACCAUCGUCAAUAUACAGGUUGUGUUUGGCGGAGACCCAGAGGCAGCAUUGAUCCAGUACACAAAGAAUGAAGAAGCCAGACGAGCCAUAUCCAGCACAGAAGCGGUCCUUAACAACCGCUUUAUCCGCGUGUACUGGCACCGCGAGCUUGGUGCUAAUGCCACAGGCCUUCAGCAGCAGGAGCAAAGCUCAGGGAGCCAGGUUGCCGGGUCAGUGCCCAACCAGGGGCUGCAGCACAGCAACAUGCAUAAAGGGAUCAAGCAGCACAAUCCAGCUGCUUAUGUGUUGAACAAGACUGUACCCAAGCAUCAUCUGUCUGCAACAGCUGGGGCCACGACAAAUGCCAAGUCGGACAACCUGAAUCCAAACACGGACACGGCUGCUGUGGUGCCUGCUACUACGAACACCCUGAAGGGACACUACACUUCCACAGCCGCCAAGUCUUCCUCAAAGAGCCUUGGGAAAACGGGAAAAGCACUGGAAGCACAUGAAGCUCUCAAGAAAAAGCAGGAGGCACUAAAACUCCAGCAAGACAUGAGAAAGAAGAAACAGGAGAUGUUAGAGAAACAGAUUGAGUGUCAGAAAGCGCUGAUAAGUCGACUGGAGAAAAACCGAGGCAUGAAACCUGAAGAGAGGGCCAACAUCAUGAAAACACUGAAAGAACUAACGGAAAAGAUCACCCAGCUCCAGAAUGAAAUGAACCUUGCCUCCCAGGUCUCAAGCGCCAAAACUAACCACAGCCAGCCCAAAACCAAGACUGAUGCCCACAAGGAGCUGCUAGAUGCUGAGCUGGACUUUCACAAGAAGAUGAGCUCUGGAGAGGAUACAACAGACCUCAAAAGAAAACUGGGGCAGCUACAGGUGGAGGCAACACGUUUGGGUUUGAUCUGGCCUCCAGCAGGUCGAGGUCGCGGCCGAGGAAAGCUGGGCCCAGAUCCUGGUGCGAUGCACGUGGGCCGUGGCCGGAGUCGAAACCGGGAAAUGAUGGCGCGCGGCGGGGCUGUGAACCGAAUGGUGGUUGAUCACAGACCCAGAGCCCUGGCUAUUUUAGGGGUCACUCAGGAGGAAAAAGAAGAGCUAAUGCCGCACUUUGUGAAAUUUGGUGAAAUCGAGGAUCUCCGUGACCAAGACGCCAACAGUGUCGUCAUGACCUUUAAGACACGGAGUGAAGCAGAGAAUGCAGCAAACCAGGGAGCUAAGUUCAAAGGUCGUGUUCUGCAGAUUUCCUGGUACAAGCCCAAGACGCCCUCUGUUACAACGGAGCCAGAGGAAGAGGAGGCUAAAGAUGAGGACAGUGCGAAGGAAGCUAGCUCGUAUUUACCUGGGGAGGAAGAGGAAGAAGAGGAGGAGGAAGAGGAUGACGAUGAAGACGAUGAGUACGAGAGUCGAUCUUGGAGGCGAUAAUGACAUUCGUCAUUAUCAUUAACUGCUCUCCGGCAGAAUCAGUGGUCCCCCACUCCCACUCCCACGCAGAUUAAAAUUGAUGUAAAGGAA